ACAAGUGAGAGUGAGGAGGAAAAGAAAAGGCAACAAUUUUAUGAUGGGGACAAAAUUUAAAAUUAAAUAUAAAUAUAAAUAAAAAAACCAUGCAACUCACUUUUGCAACCUUGUUAAAUAGGCACUGUAUUGUACCCUUCCUCUUCAAUCUUCAUCUCCUCAUUCCUCCUUUCCACUAUUGGGCUUCAAAAAAAUGAGCUCUUGCGGUUUGAAGUGCCCAACAACACAGGGGAUGCAUGGGGGGCUAGAGGACAUAGACGAAAAUGGUGGCAUGAGUUGGGCAGGCGAGGCUUGUGCCCCACCACCGGAAACUCCAACGGAGUCCAUGGAGUUUCUGGCCAGAUCAUGGAGCCUCUCUGCCAUGGAGCUCUCCAAAGCUCUUUCCCACACUCAUGUUAAUGUUGCUUCUAAAAAUCUUGACAACAACAAGUCUGCCUUCACUUCUUCUGAUGGUGUUGGUUCACAUGAUACAGUUUCCAUGCGUUUAGGAGAGCCUCCAAGUGGGGGUAGCCCUCCAAUUUCACCCAGAGACAGUGAAGAAAUGAAGGAGUUAUUUUUACUGCAUCAAGCACUCCACCCAGAUUUCCUUUCCACUCAACAGCAAUUGCUCAAUAAUGGGCUAUACAAGAGCAUUUUGCGAGGGAAAACAAUGGGAAGGUGGUUGAAAGAUCAAAAGGAGAGGAAGAAGCAGGAACUCAGAACCCAAAAUGCUCAGUUGCAUGCAGCUGUUUCUGUGGCUGGGGUUGCUGCUGCUGUAGCAGCAGUUGCAGCUUCAACUGCAUUGCCUGAAACUUCAGCGGCCCACCAGAAAGCGCCACUAAUAUCGGAGCUGAGGACCGAAACAUCAGCUGCACUAGCAUCUGCGGCUGCUCUUGUAGCGUCGCGUUGCAUUGAGAUUGCGGAGGAAAUGGGAGCUGAUCAUGACCACAUUCUAUCAGUUGUCAACUCUGCAGUAAAUGCAAGGACGAAUGGAGAUAUCAUGACCUUAACUGCUGGAGCAGCUACAGCUUUACGGGGAGCUGCUACACUUAAGGUAAGGCUGCAAAAGGAGUACGGAGGCACGAACUUGGUUCUGGCUGACGAAAAACUUGAAGGAAAAGAAUCAAAUUCAGCACUGAACUUUGUCACUAGAGGAGGUGAACUCCUCAAACGUACAAGGAAAGGUGAUCUCCACUGGAAGCGAGUUUCUUUCAACAUUAAUUCAAAUGGGCAGGUUGUAGCCAAAAUGAAAAGCAAGCACAUGGCGGGAACAUUUACGAAAAAGAAGAAAUGUGUAGUCUCUGGAGUCUACUGUGACAUCCCAGCCUGGCCGGGAAGGGAGAGGGAAGAUGGAAGCAAACCAAGGGCAUACUUUGGGAUAAAAACAGCUGAAAGGACAAUAGAAUUUGAAUGCAAGAGUAAAGGUGACAAACAUAUGUGGACUGAGGGGAUCCACCAUAUGUUGAAUUUUAUGCCAACAUAACACAAUUCCAAGGAAGGUUAAAAUUUGGAUUGAUGUAAAAUUGAAUUGUUAGAGUUUUCAUAACAAUCAAUGUGCAGUAACCAUCUCAAAAUCUUAGCUCUACAUAUCGUUGGGCAAGGAUGGCACUUAUAACAGAUGUUACAGUCUUGUACAGAGUGCCAUAUCUACAAGUUUGUUUUGGGUAUGUUCUCUCAGGGACUGCUUCAGGAUAAAUAAAAUUGGCAGGUUAGAA